GGGCAGAAAGAUAUUGGCUGCAAGGAACUCGGAGGCUCCUCCCAGAGUCUGGAUCCCGAGAUUAUUACAAUUUUUUUUUUUUUGGACGAUUUCUUCUAACUCCGUUGCAAAGGCUGGCGAAGGAAACAAGUUACCGCACUGCAAAAUCGCGGAGCAGUCUCCGCUUGGAGGAACACCCAGCUCUCUCGCUCCUCUCGCCUUUCCUAAAAACCUACCUUGGAUGGCAAUGGUUAUAGGGGGCCAACUGGCGGUUGGCGAUCGGGAAGGGAAAAUGCUGACCCUUUGGAUUUCUGCGCAAAGAAAGCUAAACGAGAUAGAAGACAAUGAAGACGAAAACCGGAUCUGAAGCAAAGACAUUCUCGCGGACCCACGUUCUGGUGGUCUGAGGUUUGGUCCGGCUUUUUGGGCUCAAGGAUUUUGGGGGAGAAAAAGGGGAACAGGGGAAAAGGAAAAAAGAAAGAAAGAAAGAAAGCACCUCUGCACAAUUGAUUUCAGCCGGUGUGAACCUUUUAUUGGACUUGGGAGAUUUCCCAUUGGAUAUAAAUUUUCAAGGCAUUCUCCCGCGUGCACAAAGAUCAUCAUGAAUUCGGUGGCUGGGAAUAAAGAAAGAAUUGCAGUCACCACCCGAAACAGGAAAUAUGGGGUGAACGACUCCUGCUCCCCCACCAAACCCGCGGCGCCCUUCUCGCCGGAAAGCUGGUACAGGAAAGCUUACGAGGAGUCCCGGUCCAGCAGCCGCCCCGCCCCAGAAGGAGCCGGCUCUGUGGUGGGCUCCUCCGGCACGCCUUCGCCCGGAUCGGGAACCUCCUCGCCUGGCUCCUUCACCGGGUCCCCGGGUCCCGCUUCCCCGGGGAUCGGCACCAGCUCUCCGGGCUCUUUAGGAGGCUCACCCGGCUUCGGCACCGGCUCGCCCGGUUCCGGCAGCGGAGGAGGCUCCUCCCCGGGCUCCGAUCGCGGCGUGUGGUGUGAGAACUGCAACGCCCGCUUGGUGGAGCUGAAGAGACAGGCGCUCAAGCUGCUGAUCCCGGGGCCCUACAGUCCCAAGGAUCCGGCAUUUUCUUCAGUGAUUCAUGACAAACUACAGGUUCCCAAUACUACCCGGAAAGCAUGGAAUGAGAGAGACAACCGGUGUGAUGUGUGUGCCACUCACUUGAACCAGCUGAAGCAGGAGGCUAUUCAGAUGGUCUUAACACUUGAACAAGCAGCCAACGCAGAACAUUGUGAUGCUUCUCCUGGCUCUCCUCCUCCCCUUCCCAAUAUUCCCACCUUAGUGGGCUCUCGACAUAUGGGCAGUCUGCAACCCAGAGACUGGGCAUACCUGUCUGCUCCUUAUGCUACUUCCAAUUAUGCUGGCUUUCUGCCUAACAAACUCAGUGGAAAGGUGAACAACAUAGGAAUCGUUAAUGGGAUAGAGAAGAAAAAUGGUUCCUUGGGACACCAGACAAAGGUCAGUGUACAGAUGGCUACCAGUCCCAGCAAUGGUAACAUCCUGAAUUCUGUGGCUAUCCAGGCUCAUCAGUACCUAGACGGCACCUGGUCCUUGUCAAGAACAAAUGGUAUUACUCUGUAUCCCUAUCAAAUUUCUCAGUUGAUCACCGAAUCUGGCCGCGAUGGACUGACCGAAGCUGUGCUGAACCAUUACAAUGCAGAUAAACCUUCUUUGUAUAGCUUCCCCAAUUCCCAGAGCACUUGUGUUGCUAGUGAUACCUCCACAGGUACCUCGGUUGCAGCUUCCUUUUUUGCCAGAGCUGCUCAGAAGUUGAAUCUGUCAUCCAAAAAGAAGAAGCACAGACCUUCUGCACCCUCCGUUUCUGAAUCUCAUCUAUUUGCUACCAAAUUCAGCAUGAUCCUGCAGACCUCACCUCCACCUGCUCCACCUUGUUUAUUAAGGGCAGUCAGCAAGGUGAAAGAUACUCCAGGACUGGGCAAGGUGAAAGUCAUGUUGCGCAUUUGUUCUACUCUGGCGAGAGACUCUUCAGAAUCCAGUUCCUUCUUAAAGGUUGAUCCCCGCAAGAAACAAAUUACUUUAUAUGACCCCUUGUCUUCUGGAGGCCAGAAUGCUUUCCAAAAAAGGAGCACCCAGGUACCACCCAAGAUGUUUGUAUUUGAUGCAGUUUUCCCUCAAGAUGCGUCCCAGGCUGAAGUAUGUGCAGGAACUGUAGCUGAAGUGAUCCAGUCUGUGGUGAAUGGUGCAGAUGGAUGUGUAUUUUGUUUUGGACAUGCUAAACUCGGAAAAUCGUAUACCAUGAUUGGAAAAGAUGAUUCCAUGCAAAACCUUGGCAUAAUCCCUUGCGCCAUCUCCUGGCUUUUCAAGCUGAUUCAUGAAAGAAAAGAGAAAACAGGAGCACGUUUCUCAGUCCGAAUCUCUGCAGUAGAAGUGUGGGGAAAAGAAGAACAUCUGAGAGAUUUGCUGUCAGAGGUAGCAACAGGUAGCUUACAAGAUGGUCAGUCACCAGGUGUCUAUCUUAGUGAGGACCCCAUUUGUGGCAUGCAGCUUCAAAACCAAAGUGAACUCAGAGCUCCCACUGCAGAAAAAGCUGCUUUUUUUCUUGAUGCAGCAAUUGCCUCCCGUCGAAGCAGUCAGCAAGAUUGUCAGGAGGAAGAGCAGAAGAAUUCACAUAUGCUCUUCACUUUGCACAUCUAUCAGUACCGAAUGGAGAAGAGUGGCAAAGGGGGAAUGUCAGGAGGCCGUAGUCGCCUACAUCUCAUUGAUCUGGGAAGCUGUGUUAAACCUCUCAGCAAACACCGUGAAGGGGGUUCUGGACUCUGCCUUUCAUUGUCUGCAUUGGGCAAUGUCAUUCUUGCCCUUGUCAAUGGCAGCAAACACAUUCCAUACAAAGACAGCAAGCUGACCAUGUUGCUCCGAGAGUCCCUUGGGAAUAUGAACUGCCGUACCACCAUGAUAGCUCACAUUUCAGCAGCUGCAGGAAACUAUGCUGAAACCCUUUCUACUAUCCAGAUUGCAUCCAGGGUUUUAAGAAUGAAGAAAAAGAAAACUAAGUAUACCACAUCAAGCUCUUCCGGAGGAGAAAGUUCUUGUGAAGAAGGCAGAAUGAGGAGACCAACCCAACUUAGACCUUUCCAUUCACGGAAUGUUGUUGAUCCAGACUUCCCAAUUCUUCAUUUAUCAAGUGACCCAGAUUAUUCUUCCAGCAGUGAACAGUCCUGUGACACUGUCAUUUAUGUUGGCCCUAAUGGAACAGCUCUUUCUGAUAAGGAGUUAACUGAUAAUGAAGGCCCCCCUGAUUUUGUCCCUAUAGUUCCUGCUCUUCAGAAAACUAAAAAUGAAGGCAAGUUGGAAGAAAUGAACGAGACAGCCCCUGAAAGAGAUUGCUUGAAGUGUAAUACAUUUGCAGAACUCCAAGAACGCUUAGACUGCAUUGACGGCAGUGAAGAGACAGACAGAUUUCUUUUUGAAGAGCUACCAGUUCAGUUUAACACAGACCCAGUGACUAAAUGUCCUUUAUCAAGCCAAGAGGCAGAGCACCGUAGUGCAUCAGAGCCAAGCAGGGAAGAUGACUUGGUGGUCUGCCAGGAACCUGAUAACGAUGCCAAGGAAAAUGUAAAUGCCGCAGCUAGCAAAAUCCAGGGAGGCCACUCCCCUGUUCACAGUAGGAUGCUUAAUGAGAUUUCCACUCAGACCCAUUGGAAUGUUACAGGCAGUCCUAGCAGUCAGUUUAACAGUUCUCAACAACCUCACUGCACAGACCUGCAAAGCAGUCGAGAAAGCCUUAAUAGCUGUGGCUUCAUAGAAAGCAAGCCACGGCCAAUGGGAUCACCGCGGCUUGGUAUUGCAAGCCUUUCAAAGGCCUCCGAUUACAAACCACCAGCUUCUCCUUCUCAGAGGUGCAAAGUUUAUACUCAGAAAGGAGUAUUGCCCAACCCGGCACCUCCACCAUCAUCGUUAAGCAAAGAUUCGGGCAUGGUAUCCAGUGAAUCUCUGAUGCAAUCUGAGAUCCGCACCCCUCCCAUUGGAAUGAGUCCUCGACUCUUGAAAAAGUCACUUUCUUCCGGCAACAUUGAUUACAGAGAGAUGAUUGACAAUGUAGAGCAACAACAAGAAUCUCUGUCUCCAGAGUCAAAGCAGGAGAUUUUGAGCACAACUAUGGUCACAGUGCAGCAACCAUUAGAACUUAAUGGGGAGGAUGAGCUGGUAUUUACCCUAGUUGAAGAGCUGACCAUUAGUGGAGUUUUGGAAAACGGGCGACCAACAAGUAUCAUCAGUUUUAACAGUGAUUGUUCUGUACAAGCAUUGGCCUCCGGGUCUAGACCAGUUAGCAUUAUCAGCAGUAUUAGUGAAGAUCUUGAGUGCUACUCCAGCACAGCUCCUAUUUCUGAAGUAAGCAUUACCCAGUUCCUGCCUCUUCCAAAGAUGGGGCCGGUGGACAAAGCCGAAGAAGCUGAAAGUAGACGUUCCUCUAUUAGCUCAUGGCUGAGUGAAAUGAGUACUGGGAGUGAUGGUGAACAGUCAUGCCACAGUUUUAUAGCCCAGGCAUGCUAUGGUCAUGGAGAAGCAAUGGCAGAAGCUCCUCCUUCUGAACUUGCAAAAGCAAUUCAGAAUAAUGGUGCAGUUUUCAUCAAUGACAAGCAAAAUCGUUGUACUGAGGAUAUGUUUGUGUUGCCAGAAGGGGUUGACCGAAAUAUUAAUAAAUUAUCUCCCAUCAGAAGCUGUAAAAUAUCAGCCAUGGAAAAGACGACUGUCACAAUAUCAAACGCUACAAGCGUAAGCAGUUGCGAAGAAUUCAUUCCAAUGAAGACUAACAUUACAUUGUUCCCAUGUAUUGCUGUUAAUUCUUUUAAAGCCCAGGGAAGUAAUGAGGCCAUAUCAGCAGUAUCAUCGGCAGCCAGAACUCCCUAUCCUCACGAGGGAAGAGAAUCCAAUGCAAGAAAAGACCUAAAAUUUGAUGAUCCUUGGCUAAAGAGAGAAGAUAGCGUAAAAAAUGAAUAUGGUCUCAAAGCUGAAACAGCACCUGGGCAAAAUAAGAAAAAAAAUUCUGCCGACAGGUUCAGUAGCAGCAGCGGAGAGAUCUCAAGUUCACCAGGAACGGAAAACCCAAGGAGGGUUGUAGAGGAAUAUGAAGUGGGACUGCUGGGUUCUGCAACCCACAGCCCCCUUCAUUCUACUGAGUGUUUGAAAAAUGGCAGCCUUAGCAGAGGAUUCCAAAAGGCCAACAAGUUGGAAGAACAGGAUGUGGUUUCCUAUCAUUAUAUAGAGGAGAGUGGUGGCUUGAGCUCUUCUAUGUCAUCCCAAACAUCGAAAGCUAGCUUGGAAAGAAAGGUAGCUUCUCCCAAGCACGGUGUUCUUACCCGCCCCAAAGGAACACCGCCACUACCUCCUGUGAGGAAAUCUAGCCUUGAUCAGAAAAAUAGAGCCAGUCCCCAACACAGUGCUUGUAGCAGUAGUACCAGCAGCCCUUCCAACCAACCACUCUCUUUUUUGGCUGGCUUUCCUGAUGAACUGAGUGGGAAACAAAAGGGCUCCAGUAUAGAGAGUGGGAGCAAUAGCAGUAGUAAAUUAUUUAGUGCAAAACUGGAACAGUUGGCUAGCAGAACCAAUUCUCUUGGAAGGUCUAGCGGGAGUCAUUACGAAUGCCUGUCCUUGGAAAGGGCAGAAAGCCUAUCCUCUGUCAGCUCCAAGAUGAACACUGGGAAAGACACCACCAUGCCCCGAGCCAGCAGAAGCCUCAACCGCAAUGCAAUGUCCUCCCCAACAAACGCGGGCUUUUCCCAGUCUGCAGGAGCUUCACCAAAAGCCAGUCAAUCAAAGAUCUCUGCUGUGAGCAAGCUCCUUUUGGCAAGUCCAAAGGCUCGGAGCCUGGCUGCAUCCACUACCAAAACCCUUAGCUUUUCAACCAAGUCCCUUCCUCAGACUGUGGGACAGAGUUCAAGUUUGCCUCCAAAUGGGAAGAACAUGUCCUGGUCAACUCAGUCUCUCAGCAGGAACCGAGGCUCUGGGCUUUCUUCCAAAUUGCCCCUCAGAGCUGUUAAUGGGAGGAUUUCAGAACUGCUGCAAGGAAACGCUGGCACCCGAGGAAUGCAGCUGUGCAGGAACUCAGACACAGAUGAACGCAGCAGCACUCAUGGCGACAAGAAGCCACCUGUUCACCUGCUUCCUUCACCAUACAGCAAGAUCACACCUCCUAGGAAGCCUCAUCGCUGCAGCAGUGGCCACGGAAGUGACAACAGCAGUGUCCUGAGUGGGGAGCUUCCUCCAGCCAUGGGGAAAACGGCUCUGUUCUAUCACAGUGGAGGAAGCAGCGGAUAUGAGAGCAUGAUCAGAGACAGUGAAGCCACAGGAAGCACUUCAUCUGCACAAGACUCCAUGAGUGAGAACAGCAGCUCCAUCAGUGGCAGGUGCCGAAGUCUUAAAACCCCCAAAAAACGUUCAAAUACAGGUUCUCAGAGACGGAGACUCAUUCCAGCUUUGUCACUUGACACUACAUCUCCUAUAAGGAAGCCUACCAGUCCAGCCAUACGCUGGGUAGAUGGACCUCUGCGAAGUGCCCAGAGGGGGAUGGGAGAGCCCUUUGAAAUCAAAGUCUAUGAAAUCGAUGAUGUGGAACGGCUCCAGCGACGGCGCAUGGGAGAUAACAAUGAGGUGAUUUGCUACAACGCUAAGCUAAAAAUCUUGGAGCAUCGGCAGCAGCGAAUUGCAGAGGUCAAGGCCAAGUACGAGUGGUUAAUGAGAGAGCUGGAAGUGACCAAACAGUAUCUGAUGCUGGAUCCCAAUAAAUGGCUCAGUGAAUUUGAUCUGGAACAUGUUUUUGACUUGGAUUCCCUGGAGUACCUGGAGGCUCUUGAAUGUGUGACUGAGCGGUUAGAGAAUCGUGUCAAUUAUUGCAAGGCCCACCUCAUGAUGAUCACCUGCUUUGACAUCUCUUCCAGACGUCGAUGAAAAAUUAACCUCAAGAAUCUUUUGGACUACUGCCAGACACCCCUUUCCUUCUUUUUGAACUUAUAUCCCAAAGACCCAGAAUGAGGAUGAAGGUUGGUGCCAUGCUUUGACUAUGUGCGAGAAGAUGGAUUUUUUUUAAUGAUGCUGAAUAUAUGUUGGAAAGCAAAGACGCUGAAAACAAGGAUGUGGAUUCUUCAAGCCUGAAAGAGCACUUUGAGAAAUCUUGAGGACAUGUUUGUACAUAGGAACCUCUGCAGAAGUGAUUUACCCCGCCCCAUCAAUAACUGAGGAGGGAGGAAGAAGCAGGUGUAGGGAGUUGCUGAGAGCCUCGGUAUAGUAAAAAUACAUGGGGAAACUGUCUGAAGUGCCUUGCAAAUCUUUAUUAUCCAAACAUUUAUGUUCAUACUUCUUGUACAGAUGGUGCUAGUCGACAAAAAGAAAAAGACAAAAAAAUCAGAUCACAUUUUUUGAAAUGUAUUUACAGCCUGUUAUUUUCACUUGGUGUUUUAUUCUAUUUCUGACUUGCUGUUUCUACGUAACUUGUGUUUGUAGAGAUAUUUCUUAUCCGAUACAGCAUAUAAAUAAAUGUUAACUGUCUUUUGUUGUUCAAGAGCAGAGUAAGACCACUCAAAGGGGGGGGGGAGAAAAGAAGUUAAAACUUCGGGAUUAAUCCCACAGAUGUAUGAUGUAAUAGAGGUUUCCCAGUGUUUAGUAAAAACAAAAAUGAUAAUACAAAAAAUACAACAUGAUAAGAUUUCAGUUGGCACUAAGAAAAUAGGGUAUCACAUGGUUUUGUAAUAUGUUCUCCUUUGGAAAUAAAUACAUUGUUAUGCAUAGUCAGUCAACACUCCUAUUGUGUUACGAUUUAACCGAAUAUACUAACUCCGUGAUGGUGAACCUAUGGCACGCUUGCCAGAGGUGGCAACAGAGCCCUCGCCAUCUACACACGCACCAUUGCCAUCUACACUUCUGGUUUCCAGCCUGCAUAUGUGUACCAGUCAGCUGGUCUUCGUGGGUGCCGAAGCGCCGGAAAACGGCCUAAAAAUAGCCAAAAAGCAGGCCAUUUUCGGGCCAUUUUCUGGGCUGUUUUUGGUCUGAAAUACUGCUGGAAAAUGGCCCGAAAAUCUGCCAAAAACAGCCAUGUGAGUGCCAGCCAGCUGGUCUUCAGGUUGCUUGUGCUCCGGCGCGCAUGAAGAUCAACUGGCUGAUGCGCAUGCUGAAAGCCAAAGACUAGCUGGUCUUUGAGUUUCCGGCAUGUGGGCAUGCACGCCUGUUCUGGCUUGGGCAGUCAGUGCUGAAAAGAUUCGCCAUCGUUGUACUAACUUUUCCUAACAUUACAAUCAUUGAAUCAUCAGAGUUGGAUUGGGAGGGCCUAGGGAGGGUCAUGUAGUCAAAGUAUUUCCUCAAGUUCAAGUUGAGAUAACUUGUGACUCCAGUCAUGUUUAUGAGCACAAGAAUUUAAUUGGUAAAUCUGUUCAGCCAGCUCAGAAACCUUUGUAUGCUUACAAAUAUUAUCAUCUCCUAAUGUUUUUCCCCAACUCUACAGACACCUAAUUUGUUCUCAAUUAGGGAAGGCUCCAAUAACAGAACAAUUUUGCUGAAAAGGAAAGAAAAGAGGGAAAAAUCUUGUAAAGUUGUUGCUCAAAGGAAUUUUUAUAAUUCUAGAUUUUGUCUAAUCAGAUAAAAAUACUGAAAACUGCAAGCAUUCAUAACCAUUCCAUAGAAAGGCUAAAACUAUUUGCAUUAGAAUUAAAAUUAUUGAUUCUGUGCCCUAUCUGUGUGCUGAUCUUUGCUUAUCCAUGCAACAGAAAUGAUAAAUUGCUUAAUGCUAUUUAUCCAGCUGAGUCAGAAUACAAAAGCUAUUCAAAAGUGCAUUGUGAAAAGUAAAAUACAGAAUGAAAGUUGAUAGAGUUAUCCAGUUAAAUCACAAACCUCUUGUUUUAAUUUGUUUCAUUCUUUUUUAUGUUCAAAAAGUUUUUAUUAGUCAAAAAUGGUUUAUACAAAUACAUAUCAGGUAUGGUAAAUUUUCAUUUUUCUUAUCUAAAAUAAGAAUUUUACUCAAAUUUGUUUCAUUCUUAUCUCCAAGUCAAUUAAUUUGCUUUGGGGUUCUUUCUUUUCUACAUUGUUUUUAUUAAGGUUAAAGACCAUCUGACUGAUAGAAAGUGUUAGAAAACACUUCAUUUUAUGCAUCUUCAUAUGUGCUAUAUGCAUAAAUAGAAUAAAAUAUGUACAAAAAAGGUUAAUUACAAAUGAAUUAAAAGUCAAGAACAAAAGUACUUGGUUAACAAUGUAGGUUAUGUAGCAUAUAUAAAUUGCCACAGUACAAUAUAUUUUUGUCUUGAUAUCCUGCUUGUAGGCUUCCUUGAUACCUCUAAUUGGGCAGUAGGAGAUAUAGCUGGCUAGACAUAGUAGAGCUUUGAUCUCAUCUGAUAAGGUUCUACUUAUGUUUAGAAGCAAAAAAUCGGCACACACCAAGGCUUCAAUCCAUAGUCCUUAGAAAGAAAAUAUGAAUUUUUCAUGGCAGCAGAAAGGUUAGGGUUAAGAAAAAAAGUCCUUACCCUGAUCUCUUUCUCUCUUUUUCUAAAUCUAGGAGAUUCUACUAUUUAAAAUAAAGGAAAUCAGUGUUCGGGGAAUUGUUUCCCCAACUCCUUCUGGCAAGCUAGAUACCCCAUUUUUUUAGGAAUAUGGAUAUAAAAGAUUGCUUCUGACAUGUGAAGUCCUAUUGGGAUCAGAACAUUCCACCUCAUGGUUAAGUUUCACUAUACUUUUCAAAGGACUAAAAUGAAAAUAUAGACACCUCAUCACCGUUGCUACCACUAUCACAAGAACUCGGAUUUUUUUUCUUCCUUUUUUUUUAAAACAAAUUAAUGCUAGGAAUAAAAUGAAACUUCUGGCAGUAUUAAAUGAGAUCACACUUUACUGUCUUCUGCUGUAUUAAAAGUUAAUCAGAUUCAUGUUGCCUAUGGAACAGAUUGAUCUGCUCAUACACAAAGCUGUCUGUGUAUGUAUGCAGUUGCCUAAAUUAAAAGGAAAAAUGGUUUAGAUUUGUGCAGACCAAUCCUAUACUCUAAAUCAGGGGUCUCCAACCUUGGCAACUUUAAGCCUGGUGGACUUCAACUCCCAGAAUUCCCCAGCCAGCUUUGCUUUGAAGUCCACCAGGCUUAAAAUUCCCAAGGUUGGAGAUCCCUGCUCUAAAUAACUAGAGCCUUGGCAGGGAAAACUGAGCAGUGGAAUCCUAACCAGUUUUACUCAGAAUUACAGUCCAAUAUAUUCAACAAGGCUUUCAAGUAAGCUUAGGAUAGACAGUUGUAGCCAUAGUUGAAUAAAUUGGUUUUUAGUGAUAUUAUGAAUACCCCCAUGAUAUAUUAUAGAGAAUUUUUACUGGUCUUUACUAAGACUACCAAACUUAAUUAAGACUCAAAAUUAAAAACUGCUGUUUAAGAGGGUGCAUGCUUUAAUUUGUACUUGCCUUUGGCUUUAUUCCUAAUGUCCUGCAUGGCCAUCUCUCUGUGGAAUGGAAUGGUUCUCAGAGAAGUCGGAAGUUGAUUAUUAAAUCAACUUCCUAGCAUUUAAGAUCAUUAAAUGCAGAAAAAUGAAAAUACUUUGAAAAACCCUCCAUGGAGGAAUAGUUGGCAAAGAGGACAGACUUUGAAGAGGUGGGAAAAAUGACUUGUUUGAUAAGGGAAAAUGCAAAUUUUUCUUAGUGACGGGAAUCCCUUUAUGGACUUUUUGCUGAAAACUGAAAAAAAAAUGAAUGUUUGAUUGAUGGGUUUGAUGAUUGGAAAUGGCAGAAUAUGAAAAAAAGAGAGCCACAAUGUAACCUCAGAGAGAAAAAGAGUGGAUAAAAUAGAAAUGCAUUUAUAACUGCUAUAAAGAUUGGAAGCCACCCCUGUACAGGUAGUCCUCCACUUAUGGCCAUAAUUGAGCCCAGAGUUUAGGUUGUUAAGUGAGAAAUUUGUUAAGUGAGUUUUGCCUCAUUUUAUGACUUUUCUUGCUGCCUUUGUUAAGUGAAUCUGGCUUCUCUGUUGACUUUGCUUGUCAGGAGGUCGCAAAAGAUGAUCACGUGACCCCAGGAAUCUGUGCAAUCAUCAUAAAUAUGAUGAUUGUCAAGCAUCCGAACGAUUGUCAAGCACCCAAAUGUAAAUCACAUGACCAUGGGGAUGCUGCAACAGUCCUAAGUGUGAAAAAUGGUCAUAAAUCGCUUUUUUCAGUGCCAUUAUAACUUCAAACGGUCACCAAACAAACUGUUGUAAAUUGAGGACUACCUAUCUUUUUCUUUCUUUCUUCUGUCUUGCUUUUUUGUCUUUUUUCAUUACUUUCCUAUUUACCGAUCAAUUUUCUUUUCUUUCUUUUGUCUUUUAAAUGUGUAUUGUUUUACAAAAUAAAAACUUCUUUUAAUAAAUUAAUCCAAAAAAGAAAAAGAGAGGAGUCGGAAGAAGAGCAGCAAGUUCAGUAGGUAAAUUAAUAAUAGCUGCAUGCAAUGUCAUUUUCACAGCAUUAUUUGCAUAUAUACCUCCUUCCAGCUCUGCCCAAUGAACAAAUUUCCAUAAGUAGUGCUCUAAUUCUUCGAGCAUCGCAUGCACUGAUUAAUCUGAAAUAUUAUUGUCCUACUUGAUCACAAAAUCAUUUUAUAAAAUGCUAAAAUCUUCUAACAACCUACUGGGAAUAGCAAAGAGCUGCAUAGAAUGUCUUCAAGAGACCAUUCCCGGAGAAACUGUUGAUCUUUAUAAUUUGCUCUGCACUUCACUGUCUGCAUUGUUUUAACUUUUAUUUAUGGGGGAAUAACAACAACAUUGUUUCUAUGACAUAUCAUAAUAAUGUAUUUGAGUAGAUGCUUAUAAGAUUUAAAUAAAUCUCAGUAUGAUUAACAAGGUUAAUUAUUAAAUUAAUAAAUAAAGAUCACCCUUUUGGGGGACUUGUUAUAAAAAGGAAGAUACAUUGAUGGAUGUGACUUUUCUAGCCAUUGCUAUAUACUUGUAUUUCUACUUGACUACUACUUCUGUUGUUCACUUUUCUACUCAAAAUUUCUCAUACAAGAUUUCAGUUAUCCAUAUUCUCCUGAUAUAGAAGAAGAACAUGUUAGUUCCUGACUUGAUGGUAAAAGUGUGAUAAACAUCUAGCUAAAUUUGCUCUCAAUCUAGGCUUAGAGUUUGAAUAGCUCUUUCAUUGGCUAUCAAUUACAAUUUGGGGGGGGAAAUGGAAAAAGCAUAUAUAGUGUCUAUGCUCAUGUUUUCAGAUAAUUGAAUUAUUUUUCUUUGAAAUCUGCUCUCUUGCCUUUCUUUUGCAUUUUUUCCCCAAGUUUCUUUAAAGUUCCAGAAAAAUAAAUAAAACCAGAUGGGUUGUUAGUACAACAUGAAACAAAACAGUUGCAAGGCUACUCAGCAUUUAAAGUAGUUCAAUUUGGUCAUUAUUUAGUGUGGAAGUUAAUCUAUAAUACAUUCACACGGUCUCUGUGAGUGUGAUUUAAUGAAUUAGGAACUAAAAAAGUGACUUGACUAUACAUCCACAUGUAUACUUCAGUAUGACUCUUACAGCUAAACUAAACUAACAUAAGAGAUGUACAGUUUGGGUGCUUUUUAAAAAAGCUAUAGCUCUUCAUCUCUUCAAUCUAUUUUUGGGCUGUGAUGCUGGGAGAGAUAGAACUUAAUUCUGUCAAACCUGAAUUGUUCCUCCUAUGACCUAUUUUCUCCUGGAGGCAAAAUUCAGCUGGUCCUAAGUGGCAGUUUGAUGAGGAAGAGUGAAAAUACUGAUCCACAUGAGGCUCAGAAACAACAGUAUACAUUAGCACACUUUUUCUUACUUGCUAUGCAUUCUAGCCAGUUUUUCAAUUUUCCUGAAUUGUAUUUCCAAGCUGUAUCAUGGGAAAACAGAUACGAUACUGUACCUAAUAGAGAGAGAGUGUGUGUGGGUAAAAAUAACUGGACAUUCAAAAAUAACAAAGUGUAUUUAUGUGUUUGAGUUGGCACAGUUAUUCACAAGCAUUAGAACUUAACUAACAAAGCUCAUCACAAACCCAUCAAUAAAACCUUUUAUCUGAAUAAACUGCUUAUUUAUGCUGCAUUUUAUAGAAACCAUACUUAAAAACAUGUUUAUGCUUCAGAUUAUAAAGUCAAGCUAGUAUAUUUGUUUCAUGUUAUCCUUCAAAAGAGAUAGCAUCCAUAAAUUGAUGAGAAAAUAAUUUGAAUAUUGCUAAGUUAACAUUCAUUCCAGGUCUCCAGUUUUAAUGGAUGGCCAUGUAUAUAAAAACUUUUGGGACUGAAACAAAACAUGAAUCAGGGUUUUUUAUAAUCCAUCUUCUUAUCUCCUGCCCCACUAUUAGCCUAUGUGAGGAUAAGACUAUAACAUCACGGAUGUCUUGCCAUUAAUAUGUGAAAGCACAAUGCUUUCAUUGUGUAUAUCAUUUCUGAUGGAACAUGGAUAUAUAACUGGCAUCUAAAAUGACAUCUGUUGCCUUUAUUAUUGUCCUAGCCAAAAUGUAAACCAUUAGUCAAAUAGACAAGAUAGCAAUUCAUUACCACACAUAAAGUUUCAACUUACGUUAUCUGUUUACUUCACAUGGCAUUCUAUAAUCCCAAAAAAUUCUGACUGGUUUUUGGUUCACACAAGGAUUUCUGAAUGUUAAUUGGUCCAUCAUACUGAGUAACUAAAUUCCAUGUUCAACAUCUGCUUAACAUUUAUGAAAUUCCUAUUCUGUGUGUGUCUUUUUUUCCCUUUUCUUUUUAUCAGAUAAUCAUACUCUCAAUGGUUUGAGUGAUCAUUCUAAAUUAGUUUCAGAUUUUUUUCCCCAUCACAAAGCAGUUGUCUCAAACCAAGUAAGUAACUGUUGUAGGUUUCUCAAAGGAUGUUGCUAUCCAGAAUCGAUAUUAUUGGGAAAUACCAUAUUUUUCGGAGUAUAAGAUGCACUGGAGACAUAGCUUAGUUUUUGGGGAGGAAAAUAGAAAAAAAAAAUCUGCCUACCAGGUAUUCAUUCAUCUGGCUAGCUCCUUAGUCUGGUCAGCUUCAGCACAUUAGUUUGCUGUUUUUUAUCCCCUGCUUGGGGAUAAAAAACAGCUUCUAAAUCACAACUGAUCUUUGGGGAGAGAAGCAAUGAGAAAAGCAGGCAAACCACGGAGAUCGCUUCACUCGCUAGCGCCUUGUUAGGGCUGAAAAGUCGGAGGGAGCAGGGAAAGUGCUUCACUCGCUAGCGCUUCGUUAGGGCUGAAAAAAAAAGCUUCACAGCUGAGAGUUGGAGGGAGCAGGCAAAGCAUGAUCGCUUCACUGAAAAAAGCAUGGAGAUGGCUUCACUCACUAGCACCUCCGUAGGGCUGAAAAAUAGCUUCGAAAAAGCUACAUUCAGAGUAUAAGACGCACUCAAAUUUUCAGCCUCUUUUAGGAAGGAAAAAAGUGUGUCUUAUACUCUGAAAAAUACGGUAGUAAUUCAUUUGCAUAUAUUGUACACCGUAUGUUGGAAAUUAUAUUCAAAUUUAGUUUUCAGUUUGAUCAAAGUCCAAUAUAGUGCAAAAAAUUUGUUGGGUUAGACUCUAAAAGCAAUGAUGGAUCAGAGCAUGAAGUCUACUGUUACAAUGGCACCACAAGAACAUGAAGGAAAUAUCCAUUAAUAGGGGUGAUAAUGUAGCUGCAUGAAAACUAACCAUUGAUAAGUUUGUCCUCUAAGAAUUUAUCCAGCCAUCCAAGUUCACCAACACUAAAUUCCGAAAUUGAAGGACACACUAUAUGAAGUAAUAAUUCCUUAGUCCUGAAGGGUUUUUUUUUAAAUUCAAUAUUUCCAGAUGAAAUACUAAGUGAUACUCAUUUAAAUUAACCUUUUAAGUUUCCUUAAGGGAAGAUAAAUGUAUUCUAUAAAACUUUGAGUGGUCCUACUCAUAGAGCAUUUAUUAUAAAACGAUGGUAAUAAAAAUGGUGCUUAAAAGCAGUUUCAGCAAUAUCUAUAUUACAUAUACUCUCUAUAUGGACUUAGUUACCUUAUAUAUUGUAUAAUAUAUGUGUGAAUGGAUAUAUGAAUAAAACAAUUACCUGGAGAUUUUGCGCAUAUAUAGAUACUACUUUUUCUACAUUUUAAUUAAUCCCCAAUUUUCCCUGCUGAAACUGCUAUCUGACAUCCAUCAUCUAUUUGACGUUAUGAAGGACAUAAUUUAUUUGUAAACUCAGGAUGUUCUUGCUUUAUAGACUUGCUUGUAUUUUAUAAUUUAUUUACCCAUCAUGAUUGGAAAUGCUUAUCUAAGUACUAUGCAUUAAUGUGUACUUUUGCUGAGUCCAUUGCGUUCUGUCUGUGGCAAUGUUCUUUUUCAUAGUGAGUGAUACAAUAAAGUCACGUAAGAUUGGAAAGUGUCCUUUGCCUUGGGCAAAACGCUUCUACUGAGUCAGUCAUGAAAAGCUCCACUACAAGACAGACACACAAUUCAAUAUUGUCCUAAAACAGCUCAGCUUUAUUGGACCAGAAAGAAACACUACAAGCAGUAGGACAAGAGUGGAAAAGAAAAAGACAAAGACAUCAUCUGGAAGCAUAUUGAUGGAAUAUGUUAAGCCUUUUACCAUUAAAAUGUAAAAUUUACAGUUUGCUGACUUACAAAGGCUCUUACCUUUUGUGGUAUAUGAGGUGUGAAAUAUGCUGUCAUGUUUAAAAGAUAUAAAUGUAUAGUGGCAUUAAAUGUUUACUUUUAUGUUACCCAUCCUAAUUUCCACCAAGUCUUGGCUUCAGUGGAAAAAUGCCAUUUUUUUUACUAAUUUCUGGAGUAAAAUUUUGUCAACACAAACUACAAUGUUGUUUGUUGAGAAAAUAGGCAUGUGAGAAAACACUAACUUCACCAAUGUCAUUUCGCCAGAAGACAAACUAAUGUAAAUGAUUUCCUGGGUCAAUAAGAUGAACUCACUGGAUAUUUAAAGGGUUUAAGAUUUAUUAGAACAAUUUGACUAGAACUAGUAGAGUUUGCUUGCUGAUAUCAAUGGGAGUGCUCUAAUAAAGUGAUGGUCACAUCUUUACAAUUUA